AUGACACGAAUGUGCUUUGUCUUCCUGCUGAUGAGUAACGCCGCGUCAGUCUCCACACAGUUUAAUGGAUACAACUGUGACGCCAGCUACCACAGCAGGUUUCCUGGCGAGCGGGACAUCAGUGUGUACUGUGGGGUCCAGACCAUCACCUUGAAGAUCAACUUCUGCCCUGUGCUCUUUUCCGGCUACACCGAGGCAGAUUUGGCCCUGAACGGUCGCCACAGUGACACCCAAUGUCGUGGCUUUAUCAACAACAACACCUUCCCCACAGCGCUCCUUUUCAGCAUCAGUCUCAGCACGCUGGAGGCCUGCGGUAACAGUCUGGUGGUCAGCACAGCAUACGGGGCCAAUGCCUAUGGGAACAUGUCUCUGGUACAAAUUGGGAAUGUCUCAGGCUAUAUCGACACCCCUGACCCACCAGCUAUAAUCAGCUACCUGCCCGGUUUGUUGUACAAAUUCAGCUGCAGCUACCCACUGGAGUACCUGGUCAAUAACUCACAGCUGGCAUCCUCCUCUGCCGCUGUGUCUGUCAAGGACAGCAACGGUACAUUUGUGAGCACGUUGAGUAUGAUCCUGUACAACGAUUCAACAUAUAAUCAACCUCUCUCUAUUCCAAUGGCUGGACUGGCUCUGAAAACCAGAGUAUUUGCUGCUGUGAAAGCCACAAACUUAGACAAACGGUGGAACAUUUUGAUGGACUACUGUUACACAACCCCCUCAGGGAAUCCUAAUGAUGAACUCCGCUAUGACCUUUUCUUUGGCUGCUACAAAGACCCGCAGACGACCGUUUUUGAGAAUGGGAAAAGUCAGAUGGGACGUUUUUCCUUCGAGGUUUUCCGUUUCGUUAAACACAGACACCAGAAGAUGUCCACUGUGUUUCUGCACUGUGUCACCAAGCUUUGCCGGGCAGACGAUUGCAUCAUGCUCAUACCAAUUUGUGGGCGACGGCGCAGGCGGGAUGGAGAGGAAAGCCUUGAUUCCCCACCAGCAGCAUCUGGGAACGCUGUCAUCACUGCUGGACCAAUCAUCACCAGGAGUGAUGAAACUCCUGUCAACAACUCCCAACUUGCAUCUGGUGACCCCUCCCAGCCAAUGAACCCAGUGACCAGUGCUCUGAUCUCGGGCGUGGUCAUCCUGGGCGGGGUCAGUGUCGGCUUCUUACUGCUGUCGCUUCGCCUCCUGCAGAAAUCCCGCCUCCCAACAACCACAGCCUCAGGUGUUUGGAACCCCACCUUUAAAUAA